AUGUUUUCUUCCGGCUCUCAGUUACCGUUACCCUCCGUCACGAAUCUUCAAGUUGAUUCCGUUAAUUUUCCACCGUCCGUCAUCUCACCCGCUUCCUCCAACCCUCUCUUCCUCGGUGGCGCAGGAGAUAAGUUUGUGAUCACAUUCUUCGGAGUUUACCUAGAUCCUGUGGCCGUCCCGUUACUCUCCGUUAAGUGGAAAGGUAAAACGACGGAGUUAAUGGAAUCCGUCCCUUUCUUCCGUGAAGUCGUCACAGGUACUUUUGAGAAACUCAUUAAGGUGAUGAUGAGAGUGCCUUUACCGGGACAACUAUAUUCACAGAUAAUAACGGGGACCUCUGUGAAGAUAUGGAAAUCGUUAGGGAUUUACACAUACUCUGAGGCUAAAGCAGUGGAGAGGUUCUUGGAAGUCUUCAAGGACGAAAAGUUCCCUCGUGGUGCUUCCAUCCUCUUCGCUCUCUCCCCUGAAGGCUCUCUUACGAUUGCGUUUUCGAAAGACGAUAGCAUUCCCGAAACGGGAAAAGCGGUGAUCGAAAACAAGUUGUUGACAGAGGCCAGUUCUUGA